AUGACAUUAGACGAUCAACAGAAACAGAAGAAUGAGGGUAUUCUACCAGAACAAGGCACAGAAUCAAUAUUACCUCAUGAGAAGAAUGAACCCACUAGAACAAAAUCUAUUAUGAAUGCCAGUGGUACAUCUGGUGCAGUGGUAUCGAAUACACCGGAGGCUGGGUUAAAACGUGCUCCAAAAGUAAUGUUUAGUAAUUCGGAAGGUACCGGUGGUAGCAGUGCAUUUGAUAAUACAAUAAGCAAUGACAGUAAUCAACUAGAAACAGGAACAUCUCAUAAACAAUUGAACGAAGGGUCAUUUGCAACUCUAACUAGUAAAUUAGAGGGCACUUAUACAAGAGACACAGUUAGUUUCAAUGAUGGUAAUUCUACACCAAAAUCUAUGUUGACUGGUGCUGGUUCUAACACAACUAAUAAUGAGCAUGCUCAUUUUGUGGUACAAGAUGCCUUACAUAGUCCGCCGCACAAUAUGCAUACGGGUAAUAGUAGCAUAGCUACAAGUCCUCGUGGGUCUAUUGUGUCUUCCAUGAUGAAUUCUAUCAAGCAUAAAGAACAUGAAAUUAUGGCCACUGAAAUAGCAUCACACAAGGAGUCCAUAAAAAAAGAUACUACUGGGAACAACGUUGUGGUUCCAAUGAUAGUAACAGAUAUUGAAAAAGAUAAAAUACCCUUAAUAAAAGAUUCCAAAACAAACAUGACUACUUUCUUUCAGGACCAAGAUGAUGGUAAAUUACAUGUAUUAGUAGGUUGUACUGGUCCAAUUCAUGUACCAAAGAUUAAAUUAUUUAUAAGGAAAUUGGAAGAUAUUUAUUCGAAAGAUAAAAUUUCAUUUCAAAUUAUCCUAACAAGAACAUCAACAGUGUUUUUCAAUAAGAGAAAGAUCCCCAAAAAAACUGUUACCAAUAAUUCAACAACCUUACAAAAUCAACCAGCUUCUGAUUUGACGCCUCCUGAUUUCCCAAGUAACGUUAAAAUAUGGAAACAUAAUGAUGAAUGGAAUAGCUGGACUCAGAAAUCUGAUCCAAUAUUUCAUAUUGAAUUGAAACGAUGGGCAGAUAUUUUAGUCAUAGCUCCAUUAACUGCAAAUACAUUGGCUAAAAUGGUUCUCGGACUCUGUGAUAAUUUAUUAACAAAUGUUAUCAGAGGAUGGAAUCCCGCAUUUCCUAUUUUCAUUGCACCAUCUAUGGUAAGUAGUACAUAUAAUUCUAUUACUACAAAGAAGCAACUAAAGAUGAUAAAAGAAGAUAUGCCUUGGGUGACAAUAUUUCAACCAUCUGAAAAAAUUAUGAGUAUGCAUGGGAAUAUUGGAUUAGGUGGUAUGAUGGAUAUUAAUGAAAUUAUAGAUAAAGUUGUAAUGAAAUUGGGUGGUUAUCCAAAAAAUGAAGAGGAUGAAUCGGAUGAGAAUAAUGAAGAUGAUGAUGACGAAGAUGAUAACACAGAAGAACGUUCUGGUAAUAAUCGAAAUGAAAAACUUGGUGACGAUAACACUAAUGAUGACCAAGAUGACGAUGAUGACGAUGACGAUGAUGAUGAUGAUGACGAGGAUGAUGAUGACGAGGAUGAUGAUGAUUAUGACGAGCAUCAAACUGAUCAACAUCCUGCCCAAUAG